AGGUGAUCGGGCAACGGUUUGCUCGGUUUGGCAUUCAGUUGAGUUCGAACCGCGGCUCGGAUCGGUUGCCAGCAGCAGCGUGCGGAACCCUUUUCCCGCGGACACCAACACUUUUUCGAGCUUUGCCCAGUUUUUCGUUUUUCGCUUUUCCAUCGCUUGACGUUUUUAUCCGGGUUAUCCGGGAGUGCCAGAGAGAGAGAGAGAGAGAGAGAUAAUAUUGUUAGAGCGUGUGUGUAUGCCGUACAACGAGUCCGAGGCGAUUGUUUGUUCUUAGCCGGGUAAAAUACUCUCGAGUAUUCCCUCGCGGGAAGGUGUGAGAAUUCGCUCGAAUGUUUGUUUACUCUGAUUGCGUCACGUAGAACAUUGUCCCGGAACCGGAUAAACACGCGAAACCUUUUUGGAAAGGCAAAGGCAAUUGUCCACCAUUUUCGGUGAAGCAAAAACGUCAAAUUUUACCACAACACAAUAUUUUAGUGCCGUUGGAUUUUAGUUGGAAAGUCGAAUAGGAAAUCGAAUCGAAAUAGCAAUCGAGCUAGUGGAGUGAGUGAGUGAGAGUGAGUUUGUGUUCCAAAAUAGAAUUCCGGUUCCCGUCCGCCGAGAACGAUCGGUCGUGGUGGCAAUUUGGAAAGGAAACUAUACCGGGAAAGGGGCUUUUAGCAGCUGCAGCGGCUCGUCAGCGGCAAUUGGUGCUGCCUAGGGGGCAUCGAUUAAACAAAAACCCCAACCACACUACGCCACCACGAUGUCCUGGAGAUACGCGUAUCUGACUCACUAUCGGAAUAACGAUAAAAUGGCCGACCAGACGACGGGCCGGCAGCUGCAGCGAAUCCUUCACUACUCGGUCACCCCGUGCCGGCCGAUGCUCGGCCUACGCCGCUCCGAAUGUGCAUUAUACGACGUUGACUGUGAUGAAGUCUACCCAAGGCUGUACAUUGGUGAUGCAAACUCAGCUAGAAACAAACAGUAUUUGCGACUGAUCGGUAUCACGCACGUGCUCAACACGGCGGAAGGAACACGCUUCGGUCAGGUCGAUACGGGCCACAGCUACUACCGUGACAUGUCGGGGAUCAGGUGCACUUUCAGGUACAUGGGCUUCCCGAUGAUCGAUCAGCCCUCGACGGACAUCAGCCGGUACUUCUACAUCGCGUCCAAGUUCAUCGAGAAUGGCAUCAACAGUGGUGGCAAAGUGUUGGUACACUGCAUGAUGGGUAUGUCCCGGUCGGCCACGUGCGUCCUGGCGUACUUGAUGAUUGCGCGUAAGAUGACGGCCGCCGAAGCGGUACGGACCGUGCGGAUGCACCGUGACAUACGCCCGAACGAGGGCUUCCUACAGCAGCUGGCCGAUCUGGACAACGAGCUGAAGCGAGACCGGCUGUACUAUUGACUCGAGUGUGGUCAACGGAUCAGGAAGAAAUAGAACCAAACGAUCGACCGACCGACAGGACAGUGCCGCUAAUUAUUUUAAUCCGUUAACGGAGUACUCAUGAGUUGUUGCUGGAGGUUUUGCUGGAGGAAAGCUCACUCGAAACAACAACCGAUCACGUUUCACAAUCACCAAUCUCAUGGAACACAGUGUAAAGUUUCACCAUCAGCUCCGCUAUCGCGUGGACUCACUUGGCACGAUCGCACACUGUUACCCAACAGGGCAGGAAGAAAGGAUAGUUCAGUUUCGGGAUAGCUUCUUAUGGACAAGGGCUUGCGCCCACAAAAGUAAGAAGCCUAUCUCACUGGUGGGGAUAAUGGUGAAACUGCUGUAUAAAUCCUUCUACAUCCCCCACAAAACGAUUCAUUCCGAUCGGUAGCAGAAGGAACCGAAUUGAUCGUUCUAACCUAACUUAUCUCGACGUUUGACGAUUUACACUAUUUAUUAUUGACAUUUCACCAGAGCGCAACAUUGUUUGUUUGAGUUGAGUGCACCCGGCGCACUCGGCUUCAUCUUUUGCAUGAUGAUUAGCAUCUUAAAGCAAAGUGGACUAAGAAAUUUAUUUAGAUUUUGCGUCUCGUUUCUGGUGCGCUAUCGAUGGUUGAAAGGCUUUAGAUUGUUAGGAGGACCCAGGAACAUUGAAACACAUCACAGCAACCACCCAGGUGGCAGGUCUUCUCAGCAAUAGCCGACCGAUUACCAUAUAUAGACAUAAUCAAAACCAAUCCAAAUGAUAAAAGCAAAAUCGAUCCAGGGGAAUGCAAACAUACCAGCACAGAUAGCGCGAGUAAACAUGGUAGAAACCGCCAUUUUGCUACGCAUUCUUACCUACACUUUGCUGUAAUAUAAGGCGAUAGCACAGGGGGAAACCAAUGGAACAGUGAUUUCACACAAGUGUACUGUUGCUAGUGUUAUGUUGUGGAGAAAAAGUUGCAAAAAACGUUAAGAAACAAUAAGCAAACACACAUACACACACACACACUCAUACAUCCUCAAACAAUGGAGCAACAGAUACGUCAGAUGUUGAUUGAAGUAUUUGACUAAUCAAAUAUGCAGUAAAAGAGCCAUGAGAGAAGGGGUUGCGGACAUUGCGUUUUUGAUAAUAACCAGAGUACUAGAGAGAGUAAUCUACAAAAUGCCAUAUUAGUGAGCCACCCUCCCCCCCCAUAACAGGUGGCCCAGCGAAUAGAACCGUCGAAAACCUGUUCACGUUGCCAAGGCAGAGCCUGCUGGGACGGUUUUUGGGGUUUUGACAGGUUUCGCCGAUCGUAAAGCGUACAAGUUGAGGUUAGGGUUGAGUGUGUGUAGGGAAAGGAUAAUCAUGAGCAAGGAACGUGCGUGCUUUAGCCGGAUCGACCGACCGACACCGAGUGUUCGCCGUUCGCCGGAUGUUACGUGAUGUUGGUGUAGCAGUAGUAGUGCUUUUUACAAACUAGUCGAUUGUUUAGGAAUGGUUUUAAAUCAUUGAAGGCAGCAGUAGUGGCGAGGGAAGGCGAAAUCGAA